AUGGCACGAUUCUUAGGACUCCGGGGUAAGAGUCUAGCGACUGCCAUUAGUGUAACUUGUGGUUUUUGCUUUUUGUGCUUCGGAUAUGCUCAAGGUGUAAUGGGCGGUCUUUUGACCGUUCAGCAAUUCCUCGAUCGAUUUCCACAGCUUGACAUUGUUAACGAUGUUUCAUUCCACGAUGCAUGGGUCACUGGCCUCACGGUUGGAACAUGGCAUCUGGGCUGCAUCGUGUCGGCAAUUGCAACUAUCUUCGUUGGCGACUUGCUUGGGCGUCGACGGACACUCAUCGUGGGCUUGACAUUCUGGGUCAUUGGCGAAAUCAUUCAGACAUCGUCGUACAGCUUCGCGCAAUUCAUCAUUGGUCGCGCAGUCGCUGGUUUCGGCAAUGGAUUUACCACAGCCACCGCACCGGCAUACCAAGCAGAAUGCGUCAAGUCCCAUCGCAAAGGAACAAUCCUCAUGAUCAGCGCCGGCGCCUUCGUAUCCGCCGGUAUCGCAUUAUCAUACUGGUUCGUUUUCGGUUUCGCCUAUAUCGACAGCUCUUCAGCAUCAUGGCGCGUUCCCAUUGCUCUACAAAUCGUAUUUGCGCUUCCUGCUAUCGCAAUGCUAUUCGUAUUACCCGAGUCCCCUCGUUGGUUGAUUUUGACUGGACGCGAACAAGAAGCACUCACCGUGCUGGCUGCUCUUAAUGAUGAUGAUCCAGAUAGCUUCGAGACAAAAGAUGAGUUUCUGCAGAUCAAGGAUGCCAUAUUGCUUAUGGCACAAGGUUCGAGCGUGGGCAUGUUCUCUAACAAAGAACGGCGAGGCUUUCAUCGCGUUGUAUUGGCCUACUUUGUCCAGAUCUUUCAGCAAGGUACAGGCAUCAAUUUGGUUCUGCAGUAUCUUUCCUGGAUUUUCCUCACACGCAUGUCAUAUACCGGAUGGCUUGCCCGGCUCCUGGCAUCCUGCUCAGCGACUCUGUACUUUCUUGCCUCAUUCAUUGUCGUUGUUGGAAUCGAUCGCUUUUGGGGUCGUCGUUCUCUGAUGAUGUUUGGAGCUACGGGUAUGUCGGCUUGCAUGGUUCUCAUAACCAUCUUGCAGUACUUGUGGUCCGAGAAGGCGAUGCGAGAAGCCAGAAUCGCUAGUACUGUUUUUCUGUUCAUCUUCUCGGUCUUCUUUGCUAUUGGCUGGCAGGGUAUGGCAUGGCUGUAUCAGGUCGAGAUUGUGCCUUUGAGAAUCCGUGGUCCGGCUAACGGUCUCUCGACAAGUGCCAACUGGUUGCUCAACUUUGUGAUCGUUUUCAUCACGCCAAUAGCAUUCCAGCGCAUCUCCUAUCGAACUUGGAUCAUCUUCGCUGUCACAAACUUUGCCAUUAUCCCUCUCGUAUACUUUUUCUACCCGGAGACCGCGUUCCGAUCUCUUGAAGAAGUCGACGUCAUUUUCCAACUCGCAGACGACGCCCCAGGCAACGCAUGGCUCAACGCCGUCAAGAUCUCAAAAGACGAGCCUCUCUGGUUCGGAAAGCAAGACCCAGAAAAACGUCUCAAUUUCAACUACGCAAAUACUUCCUGGCACAAACGCCUAAUUGAAACGGCAAGUAGCGGAAAGUCCAGCAGCCGAGGCGGCACUGCCCAUCAAUACGACGAAAAGAAACACAUGCACAACAACAACCCCUACCCUCAAGCCAAAUUUACCCCCAACCCAACCCGCGGCCGCCAAAUCUCCUCCCAAUCCAACCUCGACCCCUACAUCCAC